AUGUCAGACUACGCCCAGUCGCCCAGGCCGGAGCCCCUCCACCUCGUCCCGCCCGAGCUGGUCUCAUCCCCCAUUGCGAUCCCACGUAGGGCUGGCAGUCCCGAUCUUCCUGUCUUCAUGAAGGACAUCUGCUUCUCUGCGACCUCUUCCAAUUAUCCGCAGACCCCGCCAUUGACAUCAUCGCUCACGAUGUCCGCGUCGCCCGCUAGCCCACAGUUCCAGAGUCCCCUGUUGCGGACCCCAUGCGAGAUCAUCCACAAGGUGCUCUGCUCGUCCGGUGUACGAGACCCCGUCGGUCUCGCCCGGGCUGCAAGGACCUGUAAAGAGCUCGGAUCCCUCAUCUACGAGAGCACGGAUACGGCGCUCUGGCGGGAGAUCCAUCUUGAGCUGUAUGAUGAUCCUCGGCUUUCGGGGACCGUCUCUGGAGGCCGAGAUGUGGUUUGGAAGCGGAGUGUACAGCAGCGCGAGUUUGUCGGGCGGAUCAGCCGGGAAUGGAGCGAAGAACGGUUUGGGGAACUGCCAAUCUUACUCGAGCCUAUCUGCAGUAUCCUGCAGGGUCUUUACCUGGACAUCCCGCCCACGGCGGCUCCAUCCAACGAUACAGAUUCCGAAAUGACGGACGACUCGGCCUCAUCCAUCAGUUCGAGUGCCAGCGCCAGCUCCGUCGACUCACUCAACAUCCCUCUCCUCGAGGCGAUCCUUCGUUCUCCGAUAUUUGCUCACCUAUACUACAACCACUCGUACCGCGCGACCCGGCCGACUCUCCGGCCGUUAUCAGGCCAGACCGCCAGCCCUCUCCGCCGGCAAACGCGGGAAGAUAUCCACCCCGUCCUAUCGAUGCUGCAUUGCCUUCUCCCGCCUGACUUUGACGGAGAGGAUGAGCACCACCGUACGCACAGAGGGUAUCUGCGGGAGAUGGUAUACACCGCUUCGAACUAUACGGAGAAGAACGACUGGGGACCCUUCAACUCGGACGGAGAGGUUGAUUGGCGUUUGCUAGAUGCGCUGUCAAGUAUCAUGAUGGCCAACGCGCGAGAUGUGAUUGCUCUCGGCGAAGAUUCGUGGCGGCUGGCUCUGCAGCCCCUAUCUUUCGGACUGGAAGCUGUGCGUGGCUGGGGAUGGAUCGAUCUGAGACGGCCGGUAGACUUGGAAGCGGAUGAUGUAUGGGACUGGGCGGGCGUAGAGGGAACAUGGUGUGGCAGCUACGCUUUCCUCGACUACGCCGACUGGAUCACCUUGAAUGAACCUCGCAUUGUCGCCCUCCGGCGCCAAGUCGGCCAGCUCGAUCUCGCCCGGUACGCCGAGGCCGUGGGCGACCUCCUCCACAUGCACCUCACCAUCGACCGGCCAUGUGACAAGUCCAAAGACUUGCUACCACCCGUCACAUCCGGCAUCCCCACCGGCGAUCUUCUCCCGCCUAUACACUUCUCGGGCAGCUCCGCACCGACCAGUGCGGCCUGGCCUUCGCCUGCCGCCUCGUCCUUUGUGCGGGGUACGGUGCAGCUUACCGCGGACUGGCCGCCGCAGGUCAGGUGGACGAUGGUCAUUCGGUAUGGAGGUGAGGAUCGGUGGAAGGUCGAGGGGGUGCAGAUGGGCGGGAGGGGGAGUAAGCGGGGCUUCUUUGGGGUAUGGACCGACGCUACCAAGGAGCUGCACUCCCCGAAUGGACCAGCGUGGUACUGGAAGACCUGA